AUGAAAACCAAGUCGAAGCAGCACACAUGGCCGGCGACGACGCAGCAGAUGGAGUGGCAACAGGUUGUGGCAACGCAAUGGUUCCUGAACUACAUGGAAGAUGAGAGCAGGUUCCCACUUGGCCCCUCGACUGCCUGGCUGUCUGUGUUGGCUGGAUCAUCAGGCGAGGUCGUUGCGCGACAGAGUACAGGAGAGAUCAUUUUGAUCUUGGCCGUUGGGUCUUUUGGUUUGGUCGCUUGGGACCUGGAGCUGGCUCCAGGAGUUCGCUCAGCUGCUGGGAUGUCCGUGUUCCGACCUUACAAACACAAUUCCAUCAGGUUCCACCACAUCACGGAACUGACUGACUGGGUUUCUGUUCCUGUUCGUGCAGGCUUUUCAGGUCCACACGGGCCGCUACACCUGGAACAAACAUCUGCAGCACUCUCGCUGCCCCUUGCUCGCAUCCACGCCGGCCUCAACCUCACAUGCAAGCAGUGCCACGACCUCUUGGCAUUGCUAAAGGUGGACUUUAGGAAAAACAGCUCGCGAGCCCAAUUGCACGCACUCAUCUUGGACGUCUUCUUGGAAACAGAGGAGGAGAAGGAGGAGGCAAGACAGAAGAUGGCAGCCUGCUUGCUUCCGCCAGCAGAAGAAGAGGACGAUGACACUGACAUGGAAGAGCUCUUGGAACAACUCGAGGACCUCGACAAUCAGGGAGAUCCAGAGAUCCAGCAAGCGAAGAAGAAGAUCAAGCAGAAGAAAAAAAGACAACUCCCU